UUAUUCCUCUCUAUGCCAAACACACAGUCCCAGUACAAGUCCAAAGGCCAUCAAAGAAUGUACCUCAUUUUCAUGAAGUUCCUCCCCUUUCAAUACCUCUGGACAUCCUUCCUCUAACCCAGACCACCUCAGCUCCCAACCCUGAGCUCCUGAGAGAAACGUCUCUAACCAGACCUACCACAGAUGAUUGGAGACCCAGCCCACAGCAGAGGCAGAGUGUUUCCCUCCUUUUCCAAUGAACCAUCAGCACAACGCCUUGGGCUCACCCUGCCUCAGUCACCUGAGGAGGCAGCAAGUCUCUCCAAUUCAUUGUGGCAGCCUCAUCUCACUCAACCUCUGCCUCCAGAUGCUCAUAAUGGGUGCAGGAGCAUUCCAAGUCCAGGGGCCCCAUAAACCCAUGGUGGCCAUGCUGGGUGGUGAUGCUGAGCUGCCCUGCUUCCUCUUGCCUCCUCAAAAUAUUAAAAAUAUGGAUAUAAGAUGGACCAGAUUCCUACCCUCCCAGGUGGUGCACCUGUAUGAGGAUGGGAGGGACAAGCCUGAGGAAGCCAUGGAGGAGUAUUUUAAGAGGACAACGCUUGUGGAAAAUGUCAUGCAUAAGGGGAUCGUGGUCCUGAGAAUCCUCACUAUUCAACCCUCUGACAAUGGACAAUAUCACUGUGUGAUCCAAAAUGGCUUCUUCUACAGUGAUACAAUGAUUGAGCUUAAAGUGGCAGCUAUCGGCUCACAUCCUCAGUUACUUGUGGAAGUCACUAAGUUCGGACAACUCCGAUUAAAGUGCAAGUCAGAGGGCUGGUUCCCUCAGCCAAAGGUCCAGUGGACGGACUCUGAGGGAGGAGAAAUUCCAGCUGAGACUGAGAUUCACACCCAGGAUAAAGGUGGUUUGUUCCAUGUAACAACAUCACUGUUACUCAGAGAAACUUCUCAGAAGAAUCUGACAUGCUCUAUCUGGAACCCAGAACUGGAUCAGAAAAAGAAAGAACAAUUGUCCAUAGCAGGUCAGUUUUCUCUCUCCCCUCACUGUGCCCCCACAAAGUCAGUUUGAUGCUCACAGUCCAUGGUGGUGGCAGCUCUAAGCAUAUAAGCUUGUUUCUGGUGUUUUCAUCACAUCCACACCAUUCUCCUUGCAGGAGCCAACUUCCCUUCUAUGUUUCUACCUUCUCCCAUCCUUUUCUGACCAAAGGUUCCUGUCCAUGAACAGGACCAUCCUCUUCAGUCCAUUCAGGCUGGUAUAACAAAAUACCACAGACUGUAUGGCUUAUAAAUGACAAAUAUUUAUUUCUCACAGUUCUGGAGGCUUGAAGUUCAAGAUCAGGGUGUCAGCAUAGUCAGGUUCUAGUAAAAGUCCUCUUCCAGGUUGUAACAGCCAACCCCUCUAUGUGUCUUCACAUGGUAGAAGGCAUAGGGAGCUCAAGGGUGUAGGGGUGAGACUUUUUAUAAGGACACUAAUCUCAUUCAUGAGCCUAGGACUUCACAUUGGGCAUUGGAAUUGUAACAUACAAAUUUUGAGGGGGCACAAACAUCCAAACCAUAUCGCUCUUCAACAAAAACCACUUUCACACUUUUUCCUACUAGUCCCCAAAAGGGCAGUCACUCCUGUGUCUCAUUUAUAAUAUUUUUCCUCAACCCCCUCCCACCCCAUACUGGAUUCUCUCUCUACCUAGAUGACAAGUUGCAAAAAAUACUAUGAGCCUAAUCCCAGGUCAGCUUCCUGUCGACAUGCAGUUGUGAUUUUAAUAUAGCUUGCUGUAUAUAUGUAUUUCACGUCCUUCCUGAUUUCUGUUGUCUUUCCACAGUUUUCUUAAAUUUUAGUAUUUUUAUCUUGUGGUAUUAAUUCAUAGAUGCCAUUAUACCAAUGAUGGCGAACCUUUUGAGCUCGGCAUGCAAGCAUUUUGAAA